AUGGACCCAAAAACAAGGCUCCGCAAGGCCUGCGAUGCCUGCAGCAUCCGGAAAGUGAAGUGUGAUACUGCUGGUCCACCAUGUCGGUCAUGUGCUACUUUGGAUAUUCCAUGCACAUAUGAAAGGCCGAGUAGGCGCCGGGGACCUCCUAACCGCCAUGCCGAGGCGCUGAAGAAGCAGAAGCUGGAGACGGUUGCAUCGCCGACAAGUCUAUCCGACUAUCCGCUAGCGAGCACACCGCAGACUCAACCUGCAUCUACGCCUACGCCGGCACCGGCAGCUCUGCCCACGCCUGUAUUCUCGGGGCCUGCUUCUUCAGCUUCUAUCUCAGCAGAAUCCAUCUGCUCUCUCCACACGGUGCAACUUCUCCUUGAUGAUUUCUUCACAUACAUCCAUCCUCUAGUCCCGAUCCCUCACGAGCCCACGUUCCGUGCGGCUUUUGAGCGCCGGGAGGAUGCCUCUAGCGCUCGAGGAGUUGGCUAUCUUGAUCGAAAUGCGACUGUUUACGAUGCAGCCAUCAGCUAUUUCCUGGGUGUUUGUGCCGGCUACAUUUACAGUAUGCGCCGCUGUCGUAUCUACCUGGCGGAAUGUCGCACUAUGUUGCAGGUUUACGAUCUUUGCCGCGCCCCUACGCCUGCUCCUACCAUGGCAGCAAUGAACGCUACCAGCCCAAUGUCAACGGUGUCGGCAAUCUCACAAGAUCAGCAAACACAGCAUCUUACGGAUAACAAACCCGUAGAUUUGAUCUCUCAAGAACUUGGGCGGCGACUCUUCUAUGUUUCGUUAGUGGGGUAUCAAAGCCUGCUCCAACUUGGAUCAUCUGAUAUCAAGAUGCACGUCCCACCAGAAACCCCAGCUGAUCGAUAUCCACCAUAUCCGCUUGAGGUUGAUGACGAGUUUCUAUUUCCAACUCAUAUAAACCCCCAACCCGCUGACCGUGUGUCAAUAAUGGUCGGAUUCAAUGCCAAUGUCCGUGUCUAUGGCUCAUACAACUCUCUCCUUGCCUGGGAGACGGCAUUCGGCAGUGGUCAAAUAUUCGACUGGGAACACCAACGCUCAUCAUUAUGGGGGUGUCUUCAAACGGUUAAGUCUGCUCUACUCAAAGUUCCAGUUCAACUAUCACUCUUCCAUCCCAAACGAGCCUCAGCUAGUGGAUUAGCCGGGCACGACGGAGUCGGCUCAGUGUUCAAUUAUCCAGUGGACCACAUCCACCAAGAACGACGCGCAAUCCAGUAUGAAAUUCAGAAGGCGAAUAUUUACGCCAGCCAGCUAUGCACCAGGUCAUGGCUGGUUGAGAAAUAUUGGAACCUGUUCGAGACAUACGCGAAGUAUGGCAAUCUAGCAAGACCUUCGAUCCGAGACACCGGCAUGCCGCAUUUCAAUACGAAGUUCGAGGGGUCUGCAGAAACAACAUCAGCUGAGAGGCCUGGAGCUUCGUCAGAUUCAGCUGCUCAGAUAUCAAUACAGGCGCAAACAGAUCAUAUCGGCCAAAUGAUGGCGGAAGAGCGGAAACUCGUCAUCAAAGACCUCUUCGUGCUUCUACGGACCGUCAACGAAGUCAACAUGGAACCAAAUGGUGCCAGCAUCACAGGAAAAAUUCGCCAAAUAGCCUCCACCCUCCUCAACAUGCCAUACUACCCAAAACCAACGACCCAAGAUCCAGAUUCAAAUUCAGCCAUCCCACCCGAAAAUCCACACACCGAACCCGCACGAGAAAACCACCAACUCAAUUCAACCUCAACCGAUGUCCCAAUACUCACACCCGCAGAAGCAGAAUCCUACCUCCACGCCUUCAUCGACACCCUUAUCCGACUCGAAGGCUACUCAUCCGCGGCAACGGAUCCCGGCAGCGUGAUUGAGGGCGUGAGCCCGCGCGCAAAUGGGCGGGCUAUGAGUUAUCUUAGUGACUACGAGCGUGAUCAGGAGGAGUUGAGUCAGUGGGCGAGUUUGAAGGAGUAUCAGCAGAAAUUUGCUGAGGCUGGGGGUGUUUUGUCGGAGUUUGAUGACGGAUGGAUUCUCUUUUCUUACUUGAAGGCUUACAUUCUCACAUUGAGGGAUCAUGGCCCACCGAUAGUAACAGUCACAGUGUAUGGCGCUGGCAUGGGAACAACAGACUUAAUACCGAUAUCAUUAUCAACUUCGCUCGAGCUCGAGCUCAAACUCAAGCCCAACUUGGCAUUUGAAGCUGCCUGGACGAUCUUCUGGGUUUGGGCGGCGGGUGAUCCUAUAACGGUGAUGGUUGGUGUUAUUGUGAUAGUUGGAGUAGUCUCGGUGGCAGGGUUGACGGUUACUGUCACCGCGUCGGCUGUCACUGUCACUGUUUCUGGAGGUGUGUAUGUAUUCAUAGACAAGGGGUCGCUGUUGCUGGUGGACGUGGAUUUGGAAAGAGAGGAGUCGAUAGAUGAAGAUGAAGAUGAAGCUAAAGACGAAGACGAAGACUCGGGCAUGACGGUCGCUUUCCUUGGCUCCGGCGAUGAUGAAGUGCUUUCCUCUGCCGUUACGGUUAUUGUUGAUCCCGGAAUAAUGAGCGUCUGCUCUUCUGUCUUUGUUGAUUUGAUGGUGAUUGUCUCCACUUGCUCUGACGUUGGGGCUGGAGUGCGGGUCACUGUCGCCGUGGUACCGGGCACUGUCACGAGGUUACCAGCGGAUGGAUUGAUCCCACGCCUCGGAACGUGGAAGAAUGAGGUUGUCGAGGCGACGAUGGUCUUGGGCGAAGAAGAAAGUUUGGUAGCAGUAGAUGUCGAUGUAUUAACCGCCGGCGAAGUGAACGCAAAGCGCGAGGAAGAGGUUGAAGACAAACGAGAAGAAACAUAUGUAGAAGAGGGAGAGGAGGAAGAUAAGGAAGAAGAGAGAGUCUUGGAUAGUGAUUCUGAAAUCGGCAGAAAACUUGAAGUUAAUGCACAGAUAGAUGAUGAGGUUGAAGAGGGAGUCGAAGAUAGCCCGUUAGACACCGACAUAGGUGUAUAUGAGGGAGUCACAGCACUAGGUAUAGCCGAAGACGACACUAACGGCGAUGUGGAGGGGGUUUCGGAAGAUUCGACCUCGGUUGAUGAUGGGUAUACAAUAUCCGGGAAGGUGGACGAGAACGUGGAGGAUAACACUCCUGCACUGCUGGAAGAUGUCGAGCUCGCCGACGGCAGUGGGGACUGUGAAGACGUUGUCGUUGGCGAUGGUGACUGUGAAGAUGUCGUCCGCACAGUACUCGAGGUUGUAGCCGUUCCCGAUGUAGGCGUCGAAUAA